GGUUCAUCUUCUGUUUCCUCCUCGACUACAGCCCUACUUCCUGGAUACGCGUUGAGAGAAAAAACAGCCAGGUUUGGAUUUGUUGUUAUCCUCUCACACAGUUUCCUCCGACCUGUGGUUUAUAUUCACAGAAGAACUCGGAGCCUUCCGGCGAUAAAUAACCGUUUGAGAGAGAGAGGACGUAUCGAUGAUAACGUGAAAUCAGACGUGGAGGCGGAGGGCGCAGAAGUGUCAGAGCCUCAGAGCGCCACGUCAUUGGUCGAGUCAUCACACCCGGGAUUUAGUCCCAGCCCCUGGCGCCGGAGAUUAGACGGCGACACGUCCCCUCAGUGUGCUGCGGGGUUUUCUGGACCGGUUAUUUAUAUUUUUCUUACCGAGAGAGGAUCAGUGAGCAAGAGGUUCAACAUGACGGCGUCCAACUCGGGUCUCAUCAUGAACGUGGUGAACAGCAUCGUGGGAGUGAGUGUGCUCACGAUGCCCUUCUGCUUCAAACAGUGUGGGAUCGUGCUGGGAACAAUACUGUUGUUCUCCUGCUCCUGGAUGACCCACAAGUCGUGCAUGUUCCUGGUUCACACGGCUAGUAACACCAAACGGAGGACGUAUGCAGGAUUGGCCUUCCACGCUUAUGGGAAACCAGGAAAAGCACUGGUUGAGACAAGCAUGAUUGGGUUGAUGUUGGGGACCUGCAUCGCCUUCUAUGUCGUCAUCGCUGAUUUGGGCUCAAAUUUCUUCGCUCAGCUGUUGGGUUUACAGGUGACGUUCAGUUUUCGUGUGGUGCUGCUGAUCGCCGUGUCUCUCUUCAUCGUGCUCCCGCUGAGUCUGCAGAGGAACAUGAUGUCCUCCAUCCAGUCCUUCUCUGCGAUGGCGCUCAUCUUCUACACCCUCUUCAUGUUCACGAUGGUGCUGUCCUCGUUCAAACACGGGGUGCUCAGCGGCUGGUGGCUAAGUCAGGUCUAUGCGGUGCGCUGGGAGGGUGUGUUUCGCUGUCUCCCAAUCUGUGGGAUGGCCUUCGCCUGUCAGUCGCAGGUGCUGCCGACCUACGACAGCCUGGACGAGCCGUCCGUCAAACGCAUGAGCACCAUCUUCACCUCCUCCCUCAAUGUAGUCACCAUCUUCUACAUCACCGUGGGGUUCUUUGGCUACGUCAGCUUCACAGACAACAUUGCGGGCAACGUGCUGAUGAAUUUCCCCUCCAACCUGGUGACGGAAAUGAUCCGCGUGGGCUUCAUGAUGUCUGUGGCCGUCGGAUUCCCGAUGAUGAUCUUGCCGUGUCGCCAGGCCAUCAACACCAUGCUUUUUGAACAGCAGCAGAAGGAUGGGACAUUUGCUGCCGGGGGAUACAUGCCUCCUCUGCGCUUCAAGAUGAUCACCCUCUGCAUCGUGUUUGGUACCAUGCUGGGAGGCAUUCUGAUUCCAAACGUGGAAACCAUUCUGGGUUUGACUGGAGCCACCAUGGGCAGUCUCAUCUGCUUCAUAUGCCCUGCUCUCAUCUACAGGAAAAUCCAGAAGAAAACCUUCAUCGCGCAGUUGGUGCUUUGCGUGGGUCUGGGCAUCCUGCUGAUCAGCACCUUUACCACUCUCUCCAUUUCGGCAAGCACCCCUGGCACCAAGGUCCUAGCCCCUUCUCCUCGAGCGCCUGUCAAGAACAAUCAGCCACUUCCGGACCCCCGUGAACAGCAUGACAAUCCUCCUAACAAGAAGCCAGUGGAAAUAGAAAAGCCUGACCUCCCAGUGGUCCAACCUGUGGAGAGGGACCAGGGCGAGCCCCCCCAGAUUAAAGGACCAGUGGAAUUACCUGAGGGGAAGAAAGGGGAGGAGGUGCAGUUGGACCGACCUGAUGCUGGUGUUGCGGUGGCAGAGGGAGAGGCCCAUCGCCACGAACCACCCAUCCCCCAUGACGAGGUCAAAGUAGACACAAGAAAAGAGGUCAAGACACAGAUAGAUGGAGGAGAUGAAGCUCUCAAAAGAGAUGGAGGAGAGGACAAGGUAAAGAACCCAAAGCCUGCAGAGGCUGUUGUGAGGAAAGAGGAGGUGGAUUUGGGUGGAGGUGAAGUCCAGUCCAAUGAGCUGCUGGAGAACCCGGUGGAAGAUGGAGGAAAAAAGCAGAACGUUCCCCUGCCAAAAGAGGGGGAGAAGUUAGAUGCGGCGAAUGCAGUCGGUGCGGCCAAUAAGGCUGCGGUUGUAAAAGUGGGCAAAGUUCCAGAUGCUGCAGGGAAACCUCCGCUUCUUGAAGGAGAACCUCAUCCUGCUGCAGAUGACGCUCCCGUUGCAGAAAGUAGUAAAGACACGGCGGACGAAAAGAUGGGGGAGGGCCAGCUCGACCAUGCUGUGCUACUGCAGGUGAUCCAGGUGCAACAAGAGCAACAGAAGAGACUUCUAGAUCAGCACGAAAAACUACUGGCUGUCAUAGAAGAGCAACACAAGGAAAUCAACCAGAAAGUACCUGCUGGUGCUGCUGAGGGCGAGGCAGAGAAAGGCAUCCAGGAGCACCUGGAGGUGAUGGAAGGUGCAGCACCAAAGCCCAAAAACGCUGGACAGGUCCCUGAGCUGAAACAGGCCAAGGAGGCAGCUGGAGCUGAAGUAGGAGUUCCACAGGGUGGAGUGGUCGGGCCACACGAUGCGGCCCAGAAUCAAGCUCAGGCUGUGGGUAAAGUUGAUGUAGCCGUGCCACAUAAAGAAGUCUUCCCAGCUGCUUACAAGGAGGAUUCCAAUCCUGCACCCGGAGGAGAAGCUCCUAAACAGAUGGAGCUGGGAGCGAGGGGAGUGCCACUAGGGAAGACUAGAUCCGAUGAAAAUCAACUUGUGAUUCAAAACGAUCCUGCAGCUCAACUUAAAGAUGAAGAGAAACACCACGAUAAUGAAAACCAGAAAAGUGUUCAACAGAUAGAGAAAGAGGUUAAGGCAGGAGAAGAAAACAAAGAGAUGGAAAUAAAGGAAAAGAUGGCCAGAGAUCAGGAGAAGGAAAGAUUAGAGAGACAGCAGAUAGAGAAAGAAGUGCAGGCAAGGGUGGAAAAAGAAAAGCUGGUCGAAGAGAAGGAAAGAUUAGACAAAGAAAGGAUAGAGAAAGAAGUGCAGGCAAGGGUGGAAAAAGAGAGACUGGAAAGGGAGGAAAAAGAAAAGCUGGCCAAAGAGAAGGAAAGAGCAGAGAGUGAAAGGAUAGAGAAAGAAGUCCAGAUGAGGUUAGAAGAACAACGGGAGAGGAGAGAGAAGCUGGCCAGAGAACAGGAGCUGGAAAAAGAGCGAGCAGAAAGAGAGAGACAGCAAAAAGCUGCCGAGGAGAAAAUCCAGCAGGAGCUAAAGAAAGCAGACAAUGAAGUACUUGAGAGAGUGAGGAAAGAAAACGAGGCAGAGCAGGCUCGGGAGAGGCAGGCCCAGCUGAAGCAAGCCAUAGAAGGCCAAGAAGCUGAAAAGGCUGCUGCACAGGGACCUGAGAGAGAAGACGGCGAAGCUUUGAUGAAAGGAGGACGAGACCUCAAAGAGAAAGUUGAUGCUCAGGCAAACCCCAGAGAAGUUGCGAAAGACAGAGCUGUCAAAGCCAAGGCUCACCCCCAGGGCUCCCACGAGAAAAUGAGGGACCAGGGAGAGAUGGAUCUGAGGCGGAGGCGCAGGGAGGUGGGACCUAAAGAGGCUGGAGGGCCCCCGGAGGACACUGGGGAGUCCAGGGGGAUGCCUGGCCUGGAGCCCCUGCUGGAGCUGGGAGGCUCGAACCUGCACGCUGCCCUGGAGGAGCAGCUGCUGGCCGGGGCCAUGGUGCACUCGCGGCAGAUUAAACAGGCCUCAGAGGACGAGGGCGCGAAAUAACAUCAGAAGCACAGAUUCUCAUUUAGUGGUCAGUGAGUUCACAUGUUGCUAUACCUGCAGGAUCUCCUCACACUGUGGACCAUGACAACCGAUGCCUUAUGUUCUCUGUCUCUACGUGGACAAAGAGUUCUUUAUAAAGUCUUUAUAAAGAAAAUUGUAUGUACAUAUUAACUUAUUUUUGGCGUGGGGCUGGGAUUUGUGGGGGAUCCUUUGUUGAAAAAUGUAUAUAAAUCUAUGCAAAUACCGUUAUAUGGAGAGUUUUGACAAGACAAAUAUAUUGCUUUAUUGCAAAUCAUUUAAAAAGUGUAUUGUUAACCGUCUUCUCUACAAUUUGUGUUUGUGAUGACUUUUUUCUAAAGGUCCUUUUCAUUUUGUGUGUUACUCUGAGAUGUAAAUAAUGUAAAUCUCUAUGUCUCUGUGUCUUUGAACCUUCAUAUUGGAUGUAAAGUGGAUUCACGUCCUUGUUUCACACUUUCAAAUGAGACUCAACCAAAUUCUGGAGCCGAACAGAGGAGCCUUACUCUUUGAUAAACUUUCCUAUGAAGCAGCUUGAUUCAGACAACCUGGAUCGCUAGUUCCCUGUCUCUUUUUUUGUUUUUAUUUAUUAGUGCCUUUCAAUCCACAUGCUGCAGUAGUGAUGGUGUUUCCAUGACCCCUCUUACUGUAAAUGGUACAGUAAAUACAUUUUAAUAUAAAGCUAUUUGGUUGAGGACGGUGUAAGGGAACGUGGAUUGUUUUUUGUGUUUCUUGUAAUCCAAUUUUUCUGAAGACUCCUCCAUCACUCAGAGCUUCAACACUUAUCACAUUUGCUUUGUACAAGAGGCUAUUUUGUUAUCUGAAUAUUUUUCUAUGUGCGUUGUAUUUCUAUACAUUUUGGUGAUACGAAUGAAUAAAGGAUUCAAAUACAA